AUGAAUACGAAAACUGAAGAACCGCUUCCUAUCGCAGCCAAAGUAGAUUCGGAAUCUCAUGAUUCAACCCUGAAACGAGAAAGUCAACACCUUAUAAACCUUGAAUCUUUGCCUGAUGAGUAUUCCCCAGAAGCAGAAACAUCAUUACAAUACAGAGUUGAUGCUUUGGCCAAAGAGUAUGGUAUAAACCAGAAGAAGCUCAUGUGGAAGAUCGAUUUUUGGGUUGUUCCUCCUUUCUGUCUUUUGUAUUUCCUUUCAUUUCUAGACCGUGUUAACAUUGGUAACGCUAACCUUUAUGGUUUGUCCAACGAUUUGAACUUGGUAGGUGAUCAAUACAAUAUUGCUUUGCUUGUAUUUUUUGUUCCAUACAUAUUCUUUGAAGUCAUUGCAAACUACUUAAUGAAGAUUAUUACUCCGCACAUAUUAUUAUCUGGCGUUGUUUUAGCAUUUGGUGCUAUAUCAAUCGGAAUUGGAUUUGUUAAGAACUUUGGCGGAUUAAUUGCUUGUCGUUUCUUUAUCGGUGUCACAGAAGCUGCAACUUUCCCAUCAAUCUUUUAUCUAUUAUCCACCUACUACUCCAAAUCAGAGGCGCAGAGAAGGUUCUCCGCCUUCUUUUCAUGCACUGUAUUAGCCGGGGCUGCUUCAGGAGCAAUUGCGUAUCGAAUAGAUGAUUUGGAUGGUGUUCACGGAAUUGAAAGUUGGAGAUGGAUCUUUAUUAUCGAAGGUGCAAUUACUUGCGGUUGCGCUGUCAUUCUAUUCUUUCUGAUUGCUGAUUUCCCUGAACAAGCAAGAUUCUUAAAUGAAAACGAACGCAUCUUUAUCAAAACCAAAUUGGAAAUUUUAUCAGGUAGCGCUUCUGCUUUUGAAAUUAAGAACCGUGUCAGCGACGUUGUUACUUGCUUCAAAGACUUGCUAAUCUGGUUGCCAGCCUUAUCAUACUUUGGAUUAAUCAUUCCUUCCUAUGGGUACGCUUAUUUCUCACCAGCAAUCAUUAGAGAAUUGGGUUAUACUGCUGUCAGCGCCCAACAGCAUACGGUUUACCCCUACCUUUGUGCUUUUGGCUUGAUGAAUGGUUCAGCUUAUUUGUCUGAUAGGAUGGGAAAAAGACUACCAUAUGCCAUCUUCUGUUCCAUAGUGGCAAUCGCAGGUCUUUCUAUGGUUUUAGCAGCUACAGACAAUCCUAGCGUACGUUAUACAGGAUGCUUCUUUGCAUGUAGUGGUUUAUUUAGUGCUAUGCCAUUGGUUGUAUGCUGGGCUGCAAUUAAUUUUGGUUCCCACAUUCGUAAAUCGGUUGGCACUGCAUGGCAGAUUGGGUUUGGUAAUAUUGGUGGUAUUAUCGCCACAUAUAUUUACCUAGGUACAGAUGCCCCUUACUAUAAGAAAGGGUUGGGUGUUUCCCUUGGUGGGGUUGUAUUUUCCAUUAUUUGCACGAAUAUCUAUUUCUUCUUUUGCUAUAGGAUGAACAAGAUUAAGAAAACAGAGACCUAUCAACAAGAAUUUGCUGCCUUAUCCGAGCGUGACCAAAUAAUGGCUGGAGACAGAAAUCCGAAGUUCACUUAUUUAUAUUAA